CAACUGGCGCUGGGAAACCCACCCAAAGGCAAUUAAGGGUAAAGGACGACAAAAAUAUUUGAUAAACUUUUUUCCCCUUCUUUUCUCCUACUUGAACGCGAACGAGGCAGGAGAAGCGACGCGGAGGGCGACGGAGGCGGAAUGAGCGACCCAAGCGAGUCCGACGGACUCAAUGUGUUUGAGGAAGAGCGUCUGGAGGGGAAGAUUUGAUUUGUGCUGCAAAGCAUCACGGCGGAAAAACGUCCGACCAAGGAGCAGUCACCGCCGAGAGGAAGGAGCCGGAAAAGUUGCCGAAGUUCCACCAAAAGCGUCCCAGAGGAGGAUUAUACGCGUAAUGGCGCACACGUAGCCGCGCGUCGGCCAGAUCUGCGGCGGAUCCGCACUUUGUGACGCGCUGAGGACUUUAAAGCCUCUGUCCCGAUAAGAUUCUGCCGCUGUGUCUGGAGCCUGGUCUCGCUGCCGGAGGGCGAUGGGCGCCGCGCCGGGCUCGGCCUGGGAGGAGGGCGAGUUCGAGUUCAAGUUGGUGUUUGAGGAGGACCCGCCGCAGCGGCGGAGUCAGGGGCCGUCGCCGGUGCGCGCGGCCGAACCGCAAGGCUCCGGUACCGGGGAGGAGAGCGAGGUCGCCCUGCUGCACCUGGAGCCGUCCGGCAGCAGCCGCCUGGUUGCAGACAACCACCUGGCUGCCGCUCAUGCAGGACACACAAUCAGCAUCCCCAGUCCGCCGCCCUCGGCCAGUCAGCGAGCCGGGAUGCACUCCCCGCCUCCGCGGCGGGCGCCCGUCCGGGAGCUGAGCGGGACCUAUGAGAGCCUCCCGGCGCGCUCCGUGCAGGUGUCUGAGUCCCGCGUGGUGGAGUGUCCCAGCAUCCAGAUAACCACCAUCUCUCCUGAAGAUGACCCAGCACCCACCCUCUCCAGCUACUGGGACAUGGGCAGUGGGGGCGGCUGGGACCGCGAGCGCCUCUACCUUCCGCUGCUGGACCCCUUUUCCUACCGUGACCGGUGUCCUGGGUCCCUCAGCCCCAGCCCCGCCUCCAGCCCCUCCUCCCGCGGCUGGCUCAGCCCCGCCUCCAGCUGCGACUCCCUGCUGGUGGAGGAGGAGGAGCUCAGCGAGGCCACCCUCAGCUUUGGGCUCUCGCCGUCCUCCAGACCCACCUCCCCCGGGGGCAAGAAGCGCCGGAACUCCCCCCUGGCCUCCCCCUGCGCGUCGCGGAGGGGCAGCUACUCGGAGGAGCUGCAGGGGUGCAGCCUGGAGGGCGGGGAGCCCACGGCCCAGUCCCAGGCCCUGCCCGGCAGCUGUGAGCUCAGCGUCCCGCAGAAGACCAGGAAGACGUCGCUAGAACAGCUGUCCCCCAGGGAGGCGGAUCCGGAGCAGGCUCCAGGCCACGGCUCCCCCUGCGCGCUGCCCGAGGCCCAGCAGAUCAGGAGGGAGCCCGCCUCGCUGGGCAUGGACUACCUCUCUGUGCCCCCGGCUCUGGCCUGGGGCCGGACGCGAGCCAGCGCCCACAGCCCUCUGUUCAGGUCCAACGCUCUGCCGCCGCUGGACUGGCCCCUGCCCUCCCAGUUCGACCAGUACGAGCUGCGCAUUGAGGUGCAGCCGCGCCCCCACCACAGAGCCCACUACGAGACGGAGGGCAGCAGGGGCGCCGUGAAGGCCACGCCCACGGGACACCCCGUGGUUAAGCUGAGCGGCUACGCCGAGAGGAAGCCGCUCUCGCUCCAGGUCUUCGUCGGAACGGCUGACGACAGGUCCAUCAGGCCCCAUCCCUUUUAUCAGAUACACAGGGUGACGGGGAAGAUGGUGGGCACUGCCAGUCACGAGAGCCUCCAGGCCGGAACCAAGCUGCUGGACAUCCCCCUCAACCCCGAGAACAACAUGACGGCGCUCAUCGACUGCGCCGGCAUCCUGAAGCUGAGGAACUCGGACAUCGAGCUGAGGAAAGGCGAGACGGACGUCGGCCGGAAGAACACGCGGGUCCGUCUGGUGUUUCGCACUCACCUCCCUCUGGCGCCCCCUGCUGCGCCGCCGGGCCGGGUCCUGGCCCUGCAGGUGGCCUCGCUGCCCAUCGAAUGCUCCCAGCGUUCGGCCCAGGAGCUGCCCGUCAUCGAGUCUGUGAGUCUCACCUCCUGCUGUGUGGACGGAGGAGAGGAGCUGCUGCUGACCGGCACCAACUUCCUGCCCAUCUCCAGGGUCCUGUUCAUGGAGCGAGGGACAGAUGGGAAGCUGCAGUGGGAGGAGGAGGCUCACGUUGACCGGGACAACAGCACUGAGUGUGUGCUGUGCGUCACAGUCCCCGCCUACAGCGACCUGUCCGUCAGCCGGCCCGUGUCCGUCAGCCUGUACGUCUCCAACGGGAAGAGGAAGCGAAGCAGCACCCACUGCUUCAAGUACCUCCCCAGUCUGUUCAAGGAGGAGGACCCUCUGCUGCCGCGGCCCCCGGCGCUGUCUGCAGACGCGGCGGCGGCUGCGUGUCCCGCGCCCAGGAUGGAGCGCGGCUUCCACGCCAGGGGCGACUCCAUGGCUGAGGACCAAGGCCUGGGCUUCCACCUGCCCCCCUACCCGCCCACCUACUCCCCCCCCUGCCCCGCCGUGAGCUACCACCGCGAGGAGUUCUGCUCCAAGCCCGAUGCUGCGGCCGAGGAGCCCGGCGGCUCCAGGGCGGCUCUGUCUGAACGCCACCCCAGCUUCGAGAACCUGGAGCUGGGCUUCACCGAGCUCCUCCCCCCCCUUUACCCCCGUGGGCCGCAGCCCCCCUCCCCGUCCCCUUCCCCAUGGCUGGACUCACCUUACCUCUCCUCCUCACCCUCCCCUUCGCACUCCUCCUCCCUCAGCCCUUUCCCUGCGGGCAGCCCCAUCUCCACCUCCCCCCUGCCUCCCAUUCCCACCUCCCCCUACUCCCAGUACCCGGCCUAUACUCAGGAGGUGUGUCCCUCCCCUCCCCCCAAUCCCAGCCUGUAUCAGGACAUCUGCCCGGCGCCCUACUCCCACUACGAGGGCUGGGACCCAAGGGGACGGGUGCUGGGAUCGGGACCUGGAGGCGAGAGGGAUGCUAAGAUCCAGGACUGCCCGCUGGAGUUCACCAGCUCCGCAUCUAUGCACCAAAUCACAUUUGAAGAAGUGAACGAGUUCAUCGGGGAGGAGAUCCAGUCCUUCCAGUCCGGGUCCCAGAUGGACAACCACUAGCACGGAGCUCCCAGUUCAUAUUCAGCACCAUUUUUGUAAUUUCAUAUGCACUCAAGAUGCAUCACUCCAGUGGCCAAGGCACUGUUGUAUGUAGCUGUCGUGGUUUUAUAAAGGGAAAUUAAUGUUUAUAACAUUUUUUUCAAAAUAAAUUAUACAAGAAACUUGAA